UCUACCUCUCUCUCCCUUCUCCCCACCUUCUCCAUCUCUCUCCCCUAAUUCCGCUAAAGCAAAAGGAAAGGAAGAUAUCCGACCAAAUAGCAAUUUCGGUUUCAGCCAGUACUGGAAUCCCGGCCUCAUGGUGAAGCUCGCCACGGCUCGAGAGAGCCGGACGUACGGCCCGCGCCCGGCCCGCAACCGGUGGGAGUACAUCAACGCCGGCCUCUACCUCUUCGCCGCCAUCCUCCUCGUCGGCGGCUUCUUGGCGCAGCUCUCCCCGACCCGACUCAGUGCCAAGUCAGGGCUCGCAGUCGUCCUCAUCGGACUCGUGCUGGUCACCUUGGUGAACGCCCACGAUCUCGUCGCCCACAUGGCCGGAAUCGACUACUGCUUCGCCCUAAUGGAGUUCGAUAUCCAGUUACCUCUCGUGGAGUUCGCGGUCCCACUGUUGAACAUUUUGGGGUCCAUCCUCGCCUUCGUAGGCGUUCUCUUCUUCCUCAUUCAGGCAGAGAGAGGGUAUAGUUACAGGCUAGAAAAGCAUGCUCUGAACGCGUUGGUCGCUGGGCCCGCGUGCUGGGCCCUCGGUUCGAUCCACAAUGAGUGCCAGAUCUACGAGAGAUCUGGUGUCCUUGUCCAGAUCCUGCAAAAGAUCGUUCAGGUUCCCUUCCUUAUGGGAAGCUUGUUCUUCUUGGUGGGCGGUGUUGUCAAUAGGAAUGAUAUCUACGGCUCAAUACAUACAAACUUUAAGAUUCUGGGAAGGAGAUGGAUUUGGUUGUCUCUAUCCGGAAGCUUGCUGUUUUUGAUUGGGGGGCUACUGAAUUUGGUGAAGGUUUUCAAGAUGCAGCAGAUGGAUGGGAUGGGGCUUGAGAAGCUACGAGGUGGGGCACAGGAGAGGUUAGGGAGAGAAAGGGAGGGUCAGGUUCCCCUCAUCUUGGAAGAUGGUAGGAGAAGGAAACUCGAUGAGGACAAGCGAGCGGUAUCUGAAGACAGUAGAAGAAGGAAGCAGAGCGAUGAAGUGACGCAGGCGCUUGAAGACAGAAUGAGAAGGGAGCAGAGCGAGGAAGGGAUGCAAGUUUCUGAAGACAGUAGAAGGACGACGAGUGAGGAAGCAAGGCAGGUGCCUGCUUCAAUGCCAGUUCCCAGUCCCACACCAUACAAGGAUGUUCUGGUUGGCAGCCGAACUUAGAGAAUUCAUAAGUUUUAAUCAGUUUUCCCUGUCAUGACGUGGCAUUGGUUCUUCUGUUUUUGUGUUUGUGUAGUUGGAAGAAUGUUUUUUUUGUCCUUUCCCCCCUCACCUUGUUUUCUCUUCUUUUCCACUUCCACUUCAAGAGAUUCA